CGUAUUGCGAACCUAACGGCUCUGCGGGAAACCUACAGUUCCUCUGUGGAGUUGGUCUUGCGUUCACGUAUGGAGAAGUAUCUCCGAAACAUCAACAUCUCUUAUCUGGAAGAUCUGCAGGUGAACAUAACGCCAGCAGCGGAGGUGGUGUUCCACUUCUUCGGAGGCAAGUCGGACGGGCGGAAGGUGCGCGAGGCGAUGAACCGGCUGGUGGAGCGCGGCCGCCUGGCCGACGUGCCGCUCGUACGCACCGCACUCGCCUUCCGGCAGGAGCCGACGCUGCUGCUGCAGCGUAACGUCAAGCACCUGCACAUCGGGCAAGUACGGAAGAGCGGAGUGGGCUGUGAGAUAACGCUGACGGACCCCUCUCUAGGACGACACCGAGACAGGAGCGGCCUCUACACGAAGAGAAUAUAAGCGCCGCGCCGCCUAGCCGCAGCCUCCCACUUGUCUCUCCCAUCCUUUCCUACCCCCGUCCGCUGCCACGCCUGUACUACUGCAUCCCACCCGCUCUCCAUCUUACCACACUCCAUAUCCUCGCCCAAGGUGGCUUCCGUUAACUCCCCCUCCCUGAUGAUGCCC